AUGUAUAGAGGGGCCCAGCAGUUUAAAACAGCUGCUUAUGGCCCCCGAAUCCGAUCCUUGCAGCAGCAGAAGCAGCAGCAGCAGCAGCAGCAGCAGCAGCAGCUUAUGGCCCCCGAAUCCGAUCCUUGCAGCAGCAGAAGCAGCAGCAGCAGCAGCAGCAGCAGCAGCAGCAGGAGCAGCGAUUCCUUCCUCCCCAGCAGCAGAAGAACUCAACAGCAGCAACAACAGCAGCAGCAGCAGUAG